GCAAUUUGGGUGAUUCGAAAACAGAGCACUGAAGAAUUAGAUACUAUUACAGAAUACUUAUCUGAUUUAUCUCCAUCAUCAACUACACUGUUAAAUGCUGUUUGGCAGUGGGAAAGAAUUGUGUUUCUGUUUGUGAACAGACAAGCUUG